AAGAUUGGAGUGGUACAAACAUUUUUCACACACCCGAUUUGUUAGCCUGGAGAAUGGAUGAACUAAAAUUUGUAGGUAUGUCCUACUUUCCAGAAGAACUGCAUGGAAAUAUGGAGAUUCUAAGAAUAACCAGUCUUCAAAUUAAUAACAAAAUAUUAAUACAGCCACACGAUGCAGUUUUUGAGGAAGAUAUAUCUGUAUUUAAUACUUUCUUGAGAGACUGUGUCUCCAACCAAUGCAGGCGUGUAUUCAUGCCCCUGGGUCGUUCAUAUUUUGCAGAGAAAGUAGUCCAUACAUUUUGGGUCUGUGCUAACU